CACCUGUGAUUGGUAUAGGACAUGACUAAUUUAUUACUGUCUAUGGAAGUAAUCGUGAUAAUCAGUUCCGUCAUCUUUAUCAAUAUGUGUAAAUGGAAUAAUAUAGCUUUUCACUUGAAACGUAGUUUGCUACUGGGAAAUCAGCUUAAAUUUCCAUUGCAGCUUAGAAGUUAUUGAACGUGUGUCAUCCGAUACGUAUGAAUAAAGAAACACAGAAAAUAACGAACGUUUUAUUUAUAGCAAAUAUAUAAUAUAUAUUUUAUGCAAUAUGUAGAAAAAAAACAGUGUUGAACUUUAUUUUGUAAUGUGAACAUUUGAUAAUACUAAGAAGGAUAUAGAAUGGAAAUGAAUUGUUAAUACAGAGAUAGCGUACUUCAGAAGAAACACGGUGAUUUGUUUGUGAAAUGUAUCUUAAAGUUAGGAACACAUGUAUUUGAUUCAGUAUUACAAGUGUAAAUAUAAACACAUGAUAAGGGGACUUAUUGAUCACGGAUUAUCCUUUUGAAACACAAAUCUUCUAAAGCAAAUAAAAUAUUGACCGUAUAUAUAUAUUGGAUAUAUAGUCCAGUUUGACAACACUUGAGGAAAAACGAAGAUGUAAGCCAAGUAAAAAUUUAGAUAUCGUCAAUGAUAUUGCUUUAGGAAAGACUUCAUAUACUUCGAUUCAAGUGGUUUAAAAAGAUAACGAUUUGUGAUUCAGUCAAAUAAAGUAGAAUACACUACAUUCCGUCAUCACACAUAAUUGGAUUUAAACAGAUAAAACAUAUCUUGUUGAAAAAAAAAAUUAGCGUGAAAAUACCGCUGACAUUUUUCAUAUAGAAAUGGGAAGAUCGAAUGAAACGAACUGUAUAUGAGCAAUGACGUCAGUACACUAUUUAAAGUUUUUUAACUAGAACUGGACAUGAAAAAUCGGAAAGUGUUACCAUGGAUACUAAUUAUGAUACUGAAGAGUUGUAUGUCAUCCACAACUGUCUCGUCAGAUUUUACCAUCCUUCCGUCACCUGACUUUUCUUCAAACCUUGGAGCAGACACAACAAAACAUGUUGAUUAUUCGUCAUCUUCUUCAUUUACGAUCGAGACAACUCAGACACUCAUUUCGCCGCCAGUACGAACUAUGCAACCAAUAACAGCAAGUAGUACAGAUUUACCUUCGAUGCCUGGAUCAAAACUUACUAGCGACCAAACUAUCGGCGAAAGCUCCAAAUAUUCUAAUUUAGGUACUGACAGUUUAAUACAAGUUACAUCCAUCCAUGAUAUUGCCAAGUCAUUGUCUACAACAUAUGUUGAUUCUACAAAUCAGUUACAUUCUAGUUUUACUGAUAUUUUAACAGCGACCGACAGUCUACUUAAUUCUUUGAUAAUAUCAGCAUCACCAUCCAGUUCAUUAGAAAUAGUGUCAUAUUCAAGUAAAAUGGAAAAUAUAGGUCCAAGUAGUACAACAUAUUAUGGAAAUUCUCAGAAAGGUUCUAAAAUAAAUGUUGAGUCAAGUGAUUCUUCACUUCACGAACUCUCUGCGAAUAUCACCGCAACACAAGUGUUUACUACAACACAAAACAAUUUUCGAAAUUCUAAAACCACCGAGAUGAUUUCUGCGACUGUGAUUCAAAGUGCCAUUGGAAGUGACUCUCUCACCGACAUCUUCACCUCAUCAUCUACGUCGAAAAUGCAGGCACUUCAAUCAUCAUCUUCAAGACAAAAUUCAAAUAUAUUUCUAGAAAGUUCUGUUAAAUCCUAUGUAAUAAAUUCAUCCAUGUUAAGCAGUGUUAUACAUACUGAAUCUCUAGCAUCUUCAGAAACAUUAAGCAUGCUUAUAACAUCUGUGAUAUCUGCAACACUUUCAGCUGGAGAUGAUUCAAUAGUAAGUGAAUUACUUGACAACUCAGGCUCGUCAAGUAUCUUGUCAUCGUCACCUGCAUUAUCAUCGGUACAGAAAACAAUGGACGUUGCUUCAAAAUCAGUUUUGUCUUCAUCUGAAACGAAUGAAAAACUUGUUUCAAUGUCUAAAUUUUCACAACCAGUGACAACAGGAUCUAGUUAUUCAGAAUCUUUAUCAAUAGUUAAAAGCUCAAUGUUACUUUCUGAAUCUUUAAAACAUAUUACUCCGUCCCCGGAUUCGAAAUCAUUAAGUAUGUUAGAAAGUGUUAUGCCUAUGUCUUCAUUUACGUCAUCGGGACAAAUAGAUACAGAUUUUGAUUCUGUACAAAGAUCAUCAUCAAUGAGUGCUUCAGAUUCUUCUACAAAUCCCAGAAUAUUCUCGUCAACUGAUUUAAGUGCAAGUAUACUUUCCGGUAAGUCUAGCGAUGGUUUUUCGACUGGAAACAGCAUGUUAUCUAAAGAUACUUCACUCUCUUACUAUUUCAACACCUUAGAUGAAACUUCACUUGUCACCUCAGGAUUUGGAAUGAGUGAUACCACCAAUAUUAUCACGAUUUUAAGCACACCAACUAUGUCGUCUGAAGCCAAUACAAUUAAUUCAGCGUCACGUAUUUCAAGUGUGAGGCACACAGCAUUUUUACACACUUCUGUAGACUUAAGUUUAGACAACACUCAAGAAUAUGAGACAGUUAGCUCUAUGCGUUCUGAUAAUAAGUUGACUUCUAAAUUAUUUUCAAAUUAUUUGCAUUAUAGCAAAACACUUUCUUCUGUUACGCAGUCGUCAGAAACAUUUAUUACAUUGAGUAAUUCUAAUGAUCUGGUCGGUACAACGAAUUUCUUAAAUUACAGUCUGUAUUAUACAGGAACACGAACUCUUACAUAUAUCACAGGUAUAAAUAGUGUUAAUAACUUUUCAACCGUUUUACCUAGUGAAAGUGUGUAUUUGUCUAGUGAUUUUAUAACUUUGUCAGGAGACACAACAGAUCUUUUGAUUCAAGGUAGCAGUUCAAUCCUUCCGUCGCUUUCUACGGCACAUGACUUUACGUCCCAAUAUAUACCUGAAACAAUAAGGUCUACAAGUCGAGUUAUUUCCUCACGUUUGUUAGACACAGAAACAUUUACGUCUUCCUUUUUGUCCUCUUAUGCCGGUAAUAGCAUGUCACUGUUCUCACCAACUGAAGUAUCAAUCACCCCACAUCUUAGUUCUUUGCCUAGCGAGAUGUAUUCAUCAGAAACAGAAAAUAUGAAAACAUCUGUAAUUUUACGGAACACUGACUACAGUGGCACAUUUCAACUUACAGUGAGCAACAGCACAAUUACGUUACCAACCACCGAAACAUCAUCCUUUUCUAGGUAUGAUGCAACAAAUAGAUCAUUGGAUUCACGGAUAACAAGUGUACGAUCGGCUUCAUGGUCAGUUAGUGACAUGUCUUUUUCAUCGACCUUCAAUCAAACAGUUACCUCUAUAAUUUCAUCACAGAUUGGGAAAACACUUUCUUAUUCCGACAAACACAGUUCCUUGGAAAGCAAGCAAAGUGAUUCCACAAGUACACCAUUAAUGUCAGCUAUUAUAACAAAAUACAGUGCCCAGACCAAUAGUUUUCCAAGCCAAAGCAGGACUGUAAGCUGGACAGCAGCAGAACUAGUAAGUGAUACGUCGUUUUGGUAUUCGCCACAGAGCUCUUUUCUCACUAUAACACCUACGACAACAUCGACCACUUCAAACACAGCGGUCCUGCCAACAGAAACUCGGCUAGAAAGCAUGCAAACUGUAUCAACUACUUCAGAACUAUCAUACCAGACUUCAGAACUCUUGUCAAGUAUAAUACCAGAAACAAGUAGUGCAUAUUUGGUGUCUGACCUACCAAACACAAAAUCACUUUUAUCAAGUGAUCAAUACAGGACAGUGCUAAAUAUAACGACAUCUACCGCAACAUCAGUGUUUGACAAAAUUACAUCUUUAUCGAGUCCAGGGCAGACAACAGUCACUCAGCUGAAUAUAAGCUCUUCUUUUACUUCAAUGCCCAGUGUAUUCUCAAGCGAACAAAUGACAAUGUCAACAGAAGUGCAAGAAAACACGGCAACACUUUCAUUUUCAUCUUCUGACGCUAGCCAGGCGACAACUCUUGGAAUGACUGAUACAGUCGCUUCACUGCGGACACUCCAAACUGAAGUUCCAACAUCGGCACUGCCAAUCAACUCGUCAUCAACGGCGGUUUUAUUUACUUCAUUUACACCUGAUACCUUAGCCACAUAUACUUCAAUUAAUAGUCACUCAUCAAUACGCACUGGAUUAUCUAUCAACGGGUUCAGCACUACCGACACUUCAGUCAUUUCACAUUUAAGUUUUUCUUCGCUAAAAUCACCAACGAUUUAUAUAGAGCAAAGUAGUUCGCUAUUAACUAAUUCUAAUAGUGUUACUUUUCUUACAGAAGCAAGUUUACAAACACACACUACAGUAGCAACUGCAGACCUGUCGAAUACACUAACGGUAUCUUCAUCGCUAGUAAUAACACCGUCGAAAGCUUCCACUAGUAUUUCACAUGAAGUUUCGAGUUCUCAGAAUGAAAAUUCAACAACGGUUCUUACCACGACCGGAAAUAAAUCGGCAUAUGUAGAUACUUUUUCCAGUUCCUCUAUGGUUCCAAUCACAAGUUACAGCAUACUUCAGUCUUUUGAAUCUGGUAGUAUAUCGUUUUCAUAUGUAACAGAAGCCUUAACAUCAGUAGAACUGAUUUCUACAAGUUAUGGAAUUGUAACGGAACCACUAAGUUUUACUGCAAAUACAAGUUUUAGUCAAAAUGCUCUAGUAACAUCCGUAUAUAAAACAUUUGACAUAUAUUCUAAUUCUUCUAUAUUUUCAGUGAGUAGUCAUAGUAUAAACUCCCCAUUGCUAACAACAUUAUUUGUUUCAAAUACUUCUUCAACGUUCUCUAGUGUGGUAGAAUUAAGUAUGUCAUCACCAGACUUUACAGACAUUUCUACACUCGCUGUCGUAACAGAUUCAAAGUCAACCACUGAAUUCUUUCUUUCAAUCUCAUCAGAGACUUUAGUCACACUCGUAGGAAGCACAAUAGUGUCAACAGUAACUGAUAUUACAAAGUCUUUAAUUUCACCUUCAAAUGUAUUUAAUUUUACACCUACUCCGGCAGAAAAUGGCUCACAGAUAAUAAUGACAUCACGUUCUUCAUUUUCAAGCAUUGAAAUAAUUUCUUCAGUUCUUGUCAGUAGUUUAGAUUCCAACUUACCUGGUAUUUCAACAACAGAUAGUUAUUUAACCACACAUGGAAGUUUUAUAAGUGCAAUACCCACGAUAUCUACCGUUAGAAUUGACAGCAGUUUAUUAACUUCAGUUACGCACUUGAGUUUAAACACCAAUUCAGUUGAAUUUUCUACAAAGAAGGACACUUCUAUAAAUGUGGCACAACCAACAUCAACUGUGAGACUAGAUAGCAGUUUAGUAUCCUUAUCAUCACAUUCCAGCAGUUUGUACACUCACUUAGCUAGUUCUUCAACUAUGGAGGAAAGUAUAACAAUUUUUAUACCUUUAACUGUUAGAACAGAAAGUAGUACAGUAUCUUCGACAACGCAUGCGAGUUUUAACACCGACUUAUCAAUCACUUUUAAACUGCCAGAAUCACCGACAACUUUGUCACUGUUAUCUACGGAACAUUUCUCGAGUGCAUCUCAAUCUUACUUAACAGUUUCAGGAGUUUCAGCAUUGUCCUCACCUACUUCCGAAAUGGUUACAGAUGUGACAUAUUCCACUAGUUAUUCAACAGCAACAGUAACAGAAUCGGUGUCUUUGGUACCGUUUUCAUCAAUUAUCUUGAAUAACACUAGUAUUCCUACUAGUUUAACUACAUUACUCAGAUCAUCAACAUCACGAUCAAUAACAGAGUUGUUACCUGCAUCUGUAGUCUCCAUUACUGGAACUGUGGUUCGCACAUCAUUACAGACUACACCAGCAUUUUCAAACGUGGAAACAUCAGCUGUAACGCCGCACUCUUUACAUAGUUCGAAGUCUUUAUCCGAUACAACAGUAAUAUUAGUGACCAGAACGGCCUCUUUAUUUUCAACAUCGCAAAGUUCAACAAAAGUCCUAGAAUCUUCGUUUUCUUUAUCACCGUUAGUGUCGAAAACAAUCAUGUCAUCGCGAACAUAUAAUUCUAGAUUUACGUCUUUGAUGUCAAAAACCUCUGAUUCUAAAUUGACUCUAUUUUCUACAUCUGUAGUUCAGUCUCCUUUAUCGUUGACAGUAAAGCCAAGCCCACAAUUUUCCGCGUCAUCGAAUGAAAAAAUUUCUGAAGCGACCCAGUCGGUGGCACAAACAUUUUCUUCUUUAUCAACUGCUACUAUAACUAUGCCAGGAUCAGCUGUAACACAAAAUUUUACCUCAGCUAUAACUUCGACAUCGAUUUUAGAAUCUUCACUACUUCUCGAAUCAACCUCAGAACUAGCUUUGACAGCAACUCUGCCUUCAGCUUUGCCUUCUACAGUACCUCUCACUUCUCCAUUAACACUGAAACAAACUUCUUCUCAGAAAUUGACGUCUUCUCUGCAAGCGACACUAACUGUAGAUUCUUCUACUCUCCGAUUGACACCGACCCUGUUGUCAACACCAUUUCUGCAAUCGACACCAAUUCUAUCAUCGAAACCAACUCUGCAGUCGACACCAGUUCUGUCAUCGACACCAACUCUGCCCUUAACAGAGACUCUGUCAUCGACACCAACUCUGAAAUUGACAACAACUCUACUAUCUAAACCAACUCGGCCAUCGACACCAGCUCUGUCAUCGACGCCACCUCGGCAAUCGACACCAACCCUGUCAUCGAAACAAGCUCUGUCAUUAGCAUCAACUUUGUCAUCGACACCAACUUUACAAUCAACACUAACCUUGGCUAUGACACCAACUCAGUCAUCGACACCGACUCUGCCAUCGACAAAGACUCAGCUAUCAAAACAAUCUUUGUCAGCAACACCAACUUUGCCAUCGAUGUCAUCUGUGUCAUCGACAACAACUCUCCCAUCAACACCAACUCUGUCAUCGACGCCAACUCGGCCAUCAGUACCAACUCUGACAUCUACGACAACUUGGUCAACUAAACUGACUCUUGCAUCGAAACAAACUCUGUCAUCAACACCAACUCUGCAAUCGACACAAUCUCUGCUAUCAGCACCGACUCUGCUAUCGACCCUUACUCUAUCUACACCAACAGCUCUGGUUUCAACGAUUCUAAGUAAAAGUUCCGGUAUCGCAGAAGAAAUAACAAGCCAAAUCCAAGCUGACUCUACAACUGUGUCAUUAAUAUAUUCAUCGGUUACUGGUCUGUCUACAAAUACAUCUGACAUGGAGAGAUCAACACUGUCUAUAUCGCCAUCUUUGUCAGUCUCUUCAAUGAUAAUGGAGUCAUUAAAUUCAUCUACAUUGACUGUAUCUGUAACAAGUAGUGCUCCAGUGACAACUACCAGUAUAAUUCCAACUACCACAAUACCACCUAAAACGACAACACUAAAUGGGACAAAUGCAAAUGAACGGUAUUGGGUGAGAACGGUAUUGAAAAUACAGCGCAAUAUAAAUGUAUCGGAUCCAACUUUUGUGAGCAACAUGGAAAAUGGUUUAGCAAAUGCAUUCAACGAGGCGUUUAUUAGGAAGAAACUCGUAGACGAGGGCAAGUUUGAGCCCUUACGAAGGAGACGUCGCCGAAAGAGAUAUACAAGCGUUGGAGAUGCUUCAGUACAUAUUCAUGACCUAAGUCGUACUGAAGCCACCACCACGGUAGCGGCAGACUAUACCGUUGAGCAAUCGGGUAAAGUUUUAACAGCGGAUGAAGCGGUUGAAGCAUUGGAAGUGCUUGAUACACAAGAGCUCGCCAUCUUACUGAAGCAGGUGGUUGAUGUUAAGGCUGAAGCCUACAUUCAAACAGACAAACCAGACGAACCAGUAAAAGAUGACUCCCAGCUAUGGCUUUACGGUAUAAUCGCCGGAUCUAUAGCAGGGGUAGUCGUUGUGAUAUGGAUCAUCGUCUGUAUCUACUGUAAAUGCUGUCGGCAAAAGAACUCUGAAGAAGACGCUGAGCCAGAACUUACGUCCAUACAGCCGCAGCCAUCUAAACAAAAGACAUCGCCAGCGCGACCUUUACCUACCACUCCACGAAAGAAAACACUCAUUCCUCAAGGCAGCAAGUUCAGUUUGUGGAAAGGUCGUACUUACCAGAUAAAUGACGGCUAUGUGCCGGAAAAGGAAACAGAAGAGCAAACAUUGUUGAAAUCCCCGAGAAAAAAGGAGACACAAUCACCAGUUCCUUCCAUUACCGGAUCAGCCACUGUCACCCCUAUGAUGCCUAAAAAGGAACUGGUUCCCCCAGCUGUGAAAAAGGGAAGGCGUAACAGUAAGAAUAGCAUAGGUCCCGCAACAGAAGACCUUGACUUUAACAACGAUAUUAAAAAGCUUGGUUCUUUAGAAGCAGAUAAAACGCAGUUGUUCCAGUCGAGUGUAUCCGAGGAUAGCGAUGAUACAAAGGAACAACUGAAAAUGCAGAAAAAGAAAAACAAGGACAGAAUGAGUGAGAAAUAUGGACAAGAAAUAGAUCAGUGUAUCCUUCAAAAUUUAAUCACAGAAGCAAAACACCGAGACAAAGGCAAAGAAAACACGGACAACAACAUCCUCGGAAUGCCAAAUACUACUGUUCCAAGUUUCGUCAUAGAAAGUGGGAGUCCGUCAAAGGAACCAAUACCAUUAUCGAGAAAGUUUUCUGAUGGAAACACGUCGGGAGACGAGAAUCUUGAAGAAGCAAGGAAUAGGAUGCAUAAACUACUUGAUGAUGCUUUCUCAUUGAUAUCUCCAAGAAGUUCUUUUUCUGAAAACGACCUAAGAAAAGGAACAUCUACUAGUAAUGAUGAAAAAUCUACAAACAGUAGGCAAUCUUCCACGAACGUUGUGGAUGUUGAUAAAGCUAUAGAGACAUUGAAAGGUUUUACCAACCCAGCUUACACUAGUUCGUACAGUGGGCUUCUUGAAACAUGGAGCCCAUAUCGUGCUUCUGACCAAGUAGCGCUUAUUUCUAUGCCCCAGAAACCGGAGCCCGUUGUUACAAGAUUAGGUUACAAGCCCGACAAACGCCCACUGACAUCGAAUAAAGCUGCAAAUUAUGUAAGAAGACCGGCUGCAAAUCUUGACGUGACUAAUUCAAAGAGUACAAGUGAUAUAUCAGAGUCUGGUAAAUACACUACAAACGCUCCAAAACCGAUAGUGAUUCGAACAAAGGAUGACAUACCUAACGCAAGAUUGGAAUCUGCUAAAUCUGAAAAAAAUUCAAACGAAUUGCAAAACAAAAGGAAUGUCUCUGCUGUUUUGAAUAAUGAUUUAUUGCUUCGAGGAAGUUCAACCUCACUUAACAAACCCACUUCUCAAGCAAAAUCAAAUUCUCUAGAGAUGCAACAUGUUAAACGAAACAGAAGUAAUUCUAUUCGUAAACACAGGGAACCAGAGAAGGACAACAGAAACAGAGAUGAAAUUGAUGUUAUUAAAAAUAUAAAGCCCGAAGAGGCGUCUGAUAAAUUAUUUCAUAGUCUAAGAGAUGAAAUUAAAGGUGGUAAGGCGGCUGAAACUGAAGAUGAUAUAAACAAAAAACCAAUUAGAAGAAGAAACCGCAAAACUCAUUCCAAACCAAUGACUGAUAUUGUGUAAAAUCUAUUGAUGCGCUGUGCUUAUUGCUGGAUCGGGUUGAGGUAAUCAGUGUUGUAUAUGCUGCGAGUCGUCCACGAUGAGUCUCACUUAACCGAUAGCGCACAUAUAAUGAUCGCCUUAGAAAAGCAGUGUCAUGGCCGAUUGUACUCCUGUCUAGGACAAACCCGAUAGUAGUUUGACUUCAUCGCGUAGAAUAUAGGUUCUGCCGUUAGAAAGUUAAUCUUAAUUUCUGAUUUUGCUGAGCAGCAACACUCCUAUGAUUUCAUUAUCGAAGCAAAUAGCGUUAAUCUACUAUGUUUAACUAAGUUAGCUACUGCAUGAAAGAGUUUUAACAAAUGUCACUCUUGCAGAAGUUUAUGACUAUUUUAGUUCAAAAUUUUGUUUUGAAUGUAGAAACAAAAGAUUGGAUUUGAGAGACAGGUUCGUAUUUGCCUUUUGUGUAGUAAACGAACACAUGACUAAAUCAUCUACGAUUUCAGUAAUUGUACAUGUUUAGUCGCGAUGAUACUGUUAAGGAAAAGGCAGCAAAGUGUUCUUUCUAUUGAUACUGUUUUAUGUUUAUCAAAUUAUGUAAAUAUUAUUAUUGUUAAUUAUAUAUUAAUCAUGUAUUCGAAAAUUGAUUAUAAAUAUAUAUAUUAUAUUUACAAAAUAAAAAGUCAAAUUUUCACAAACA